CCCGCCCCGCUGCUCCCGCUGCCGCCGCCGCGCUCCGGGCACAGCGCGCUGGGUCCCGUCCGGGCGGAGGAGCCAUGUGCGAUCCGGCCGUCUUCAGCUUCCUCACCCAGACGCUGUGCGCCCAUGGCGGGCGCCUGGGGCUGCGGGAGCUGCAGGAGCACAUCGGGCUGCCGGCGCUGCAGCUGCAGGACACGCUGGCGGCGGCGGGCCCCCGGCGCUUCGUGCUGCUGGAGGGCGGGCAGGCGGUCCUGGCCGUGACGGACGCGCGGGUCUGCGUCCGCAAGGAGUGCGACGGCUGCGAGCGGCUGCACCUCUGCAAGCUGCACCUCAUGGGCAGGUGCAACCUGGGGCCCAGCUCUUGUAAGUACUCGCAUGACAUCAUGAAUGCGGAGAACAAGAAAGUUCUAAAAAAACAUGAUUUGUCUGGCCUCAGUGAGAAUGAUCUGCAAGUCCUGCUUCUCCAAAACGAUCCAUUCUUCCUCCCUGAUACCUGCCACUUUUACAACAAAAAAGGUUAUCACUGUAAGCAGCAAGACAACUGCAACAAGCUUCAUGUUUGUCGACACUUUCUCCAGGGGAAAUGUAAAUUUCCUCAAUGUGUAAUAUCCCAUAACCUCUUGGAUGACCAUGCAUUGAGAGUGCUGGAAACUGCAGGCAUUGAUGGGAAGAUAGCUUCAAAUUUCCAGGCUAUAUAUAAUUACAAGCAUCUAGAAUUCAACAGGGAACAGAAGAAGGUGUAUGUACGCAACUACAGAAAUGAUUAUUGGAAGAAGCCAGCAUUUCAAAGGAUUAAAGAACCAAAGACAACUUCAGAAACGGUGCAAUGCAUGCUGGAUGUGCCACCUUCAGAAGGUUCCAGUAGCACUGUACCUGCCCAGAGCCAAGACCUGUUGCCAACAGGAGCGAGAGAUAAAGAUAAAGGCAAUGAAUAUGGCUUUGUUAGUAGAGCUGUUGUCUCGAUGGAGAUUCCCAGUAGCACUGUACCUGCUCAGAGCCAAGACCAGUUGCCAACAGGAGUGGGAAAUAAAGAUAAAGGUAAAAAGGACAGUUCCUCUGAUGAAGCUUCAAAGGACAACAAAAGAGAUAACUGUGAUGAGAUCUGUUUGUUCUAUGUCUGGAAGUACUGCAAAAAUAAGGAUAAAUGUGAAUCUGUUCAUUACCAUUUGCCAUAUAAAUGGGAGAUACAUGAUGGGUUGAACUGGCGUGAACUUCCCAUGAUGGAGGAAAUUGAAAAGGCCUAUUGUGACCCAAAGAACAGCAGCUUGCCAAGUAGGAACAUUAAUUUCCAGACAAUGACCUGCUCUUCUUCUUUGGUUCGACGCCUCUCUACACCAUCAUCAGUCCUAAAACCCACAUUCCUACUGACCACAGAGUGGAUUUGGUACUGGAAGAAUAACCAAGACAAGUGGAUUGAAUAUGGAGAACAGGAAGAAGGGAACAGCACGACCUCACCAUCUUCUGCUGUUAUUGAGAAUUUGUAUCAAGCAGAUCCAGGUGUCACUGUAGCUUUCCAGGCUGGCCAACAUCAGUAUGAACUCAAUUUUAAAGAAAUGACUCAGACAAAUACUAGUUUUAAAACUCAAAGACAGGUUUGCAGGCGACCAAAAUUUGUGUCUUCUGAAGAUGUACAGAAGAUAAAGACAGGCAGCCAAAGGGAUUCUUCUAUUCCAAAUCAGACCUGUCCUAGUCACUGGGAUGCAUCUGCACUGCCUGACUUGGGAUACAAGGCAGUGGUGAUCAGGAAUGCGACCUCUGAAUACAACGAAAUAAAGCAGCUGUUUCAUCAGACUAUGAAAAAUUACAGUAUCCUUAAAAUACAGAGGAUUCAGAAUCCAUCCCUCUGGAAGGUGUUUCAGUGGCAGAAAGAGAAGAUGAAAAGGGAAAAAGGAGGAAAGGAAGUUCAGGAAAAACGCCUGUUCCACGGAACUGAUGUCACCUCCAUGGAAACGAUCUGCAAACUGAACUUUGACUGGAGAAUUUGUGGAAGCAAUGGAACUAACUAUGGGAAGGGAAGUUACUUUGCUAGAGAUGCUUGCUAUUCCCAUGCCUACUGUCAGGCUACGCUGCAGGGACACUUCAUGUUCGUGGCUCGUGUUCUGGUUGGAGACUACGUUAAAGGCAAAGCCACCUAUGUCCGUCCCCCAGUGAAGUGUGCUGACAAGCUGUGGUUAUAUGACAGCUGUGUGGAUGAUGAGUUAAAUCCUUCUGUUUUUGUUGUCUUUGAAAAACACCAGAUUUACCCAGAGUACAUAAUAGAGUAUAAAGAGGAGAGAACAAGAGAGCAGAAAGUGGCGGGAAUAGGAGAGCAGAAAGAGACCGGAAUAAUAGAGCAGAAAGUGGCAGGAAUAGGAGAGCAGAAAGAGACCAGAAUAAUAGAGCAGAAAGUGGCAGGAAUAAGAGAGCAGAAAGAUACAGGAAUAAGAGUGUCUAGAGAGGAGGGAAAAAAAUGCAUUAUAUCUUAGUGGAACGUACCAGUUUGUGUCCCUCAUCUUGUUUUUCAUAUUGAACGUGUUCUUCUACUUGGUGACUUCUUUUUAAUACAUUUCUUCGGAAUGUUAAUCCAAUUUUUGCAUUGAGGAGGGCUGGCAAACUAGAUGUUACAGUUGUUGUGACUGCCUUACCUUCUUCUCUUCCUCUCUUAAAUGAAGUACAGACAUUUCGAUAACCAUAGCAGAAAAAUCAGAAUUGUGGGAUGGGAAAUUGAACUUUAUGACUGCUGUGGGCAAAUAAUUGUAAAUGCAUCGUCUAAAAAAAAUAGAGAGGACUUCUCUUCACAAACAGUUAAAAGAAAAAUUAACAGUACAGUAGUUUUAAAGGAAACUUUCAGGUUUUUAGUGGCCGGAGAUUCUUUUCAGUGCAGAAUUCAUCUGUUCUUAAUCCUCUCAUCUGUCAUUAUUAUAAACAAUACAGUGUAGGUAAUGACGACUUGAGUUUGUUUUCAAAGCACUGCUUGUUAAUGCUGGUACAUGUUUUAAGUUAAAAUGAUAAACAGAAAAAGAAAAAGCAUAUUUUAAAUCCAUGUUGUUAGUUCUCGAGAAUUUUCAUCUGUACAAUGGCAGAUGGAUCAGAAAGCUGUUGGAUCAGAUUCUUUGUGGAAAUGUAGCUUGCUGUAACCUAUACAGUAGCUUGCAGUAGCUUAUUGUAACUACACAAAAGCAGAGCUCAACAUGAAGCUGUGAAAGCCACCACAUAUGAAUAAGCAGAUACUAAAAUGUGGUGGUUUGGCUUCAACUAAUGGCUGUAAGUACACAAAGACUGUGUCCCAACAAGUCAGGCUUUUCAGUGGAUGUGGCCACUUAGCACAACAGGACAUGAGAAACUUCUUAAGGAUCAUAGAGAUGUUGUGUUUGUGCAAUAAUUUUCGUUUUUCCAGAUUAGAAUGGGACCAAAAGAGACCAGUUAGGUUCUCUUGAGGCCAGUGGUAGAACUGCUGUCAUAAGGCACCAUCCGCAUGUUCUGCUGCCCACUUGCGAGGGGCAGGAUGCUGACAAGUGAGGAUCCUCUUUUUGUUUUGGGGGGUGAUCCUGGGUCAGAAACCUGUGCAGUUUCUACUGGAUGUUAGCAAGGAGUCUCUAAGUGGAUCAAACUAAGGCCCUCGGUACAAAAUGCCAUAUUCAGGCAGUUUAGAUGUUCAGAGGGAAACCAGGAGUGAGGACAGAGAAGCAGUAAUUUUUACCUUCAGUUAAGCUUUACAGAAACACCAGUAGCCUCGAUGGUUUUUGCAUCUGUGAUAGAAAUCUGUCAACCACUCAAAGAUAACAAGUUCUUCCCAAGAGGAAUGUAAAAGAUAAAUCCAGAAAAUCUUACUAAAAUGACUUAGAACUAAAUGAAAACAUGCGGGGAAGAUUUUAAUCCUGUUUUAAGACCUCUCUUUUCUUGUUUGCUUGUAUAAUUCCUGAAUUACUGAGCUUGCUGUAUUUGCAAAUAAAACCUGUUUUCAGGCA